AUGGAUGUUGGGAAUGCAAAGACUGAUGUGGUUGCGGUUUCUGUGGAUCAUAAUUUUUCAACUUAUCUUCACAAUGGUUUUCUUUCUAUUGUGCCUGGAAAAAAGGAUUCUGGUAUUAUGUUGCAGAGAAAUAAAUGCCAAUUCUCAGGUAUUGAUGAAUCUUCUGCUAUAUCAGCUGUCAUGGAAGGCGUACAUUGUUUGGAGCAACUUCAAUUAAAUAAGAAUAACAUAGAGCGUAUUUGGUACCCCUCAGCUACAAAUGAACCUGAUAUGCCUUUCCAAAAUUUGCAUUGCCUACUUAUUGGAGGUAAUAAAAUCCAGGAGACAUCUUCCAUUGAUGCCCUAAACUCUUAUCCUGGCUUAAUGUCAUCUGGCCCAUGUUGUUUAACCAUUCAACUGAUGGAUGUUGGGAAUGCAAAGACUGAUGUGGUUGCGGUUUCUGUGGAUCAUAAUUUUUCAACUUAUCUUCACAAUGGUUUUCUUUCUGUUGUGCCUGGAAAAAAGGAUUCUGGUAUUAUGUUGCAGAGAAAUAAAUGCCAAUUCUCAGGUAUUGAUGAAUCUUCUGCUAUAUCAGCUGUCAUGGAAGGCGUACAUGUGGUGAAUGGUUUGGAGUAUAAGAUGUAUUGCAGCUCAUCAAAGUUUGAUGGAUUUCAGAAGAAUUCUAUCCAAAUGGUAAAACCAGCAAAAGGAACAACAACUUUGGCUUUUAUUUUUAAGGAAGUUGACGGGGAGAGUGGAAAAAAAAGACGAUGGUCAAAGGGGAUUCACCUGGCUGUGGAGGCAAAAGAAGGGUUACCAAUCCAGGCUGAUUCAGUUGUAGUGGCACAAAUCACAUACCAAUCAAUGUUUAAGCUUUAUCCAAAGCUUUCAGGGAUGAUAGGAACUGCAAAAACUGAACAUCCUACUUUCAUUGCUUUCUACCAUACUAGCAUACUCUUUAAAAAAGAUAUCUUUCAUAAGGCACUGUACUUUGAAAACUAUACCACUUAUGGUUAUAGCUCUAAAUACGUGGGCAAAAGUGAGAACAAGAGUUGGACAUAUGAGAAGGCAAAAUCUAUAAUUUCAGAGUCAAUUGAAAUGAGCCAGUCAAUGGGUUUAGAUGAACUGCAAAGGCUUGUGGAAGAACAGGCAGAGAUGUACCCUCUUGGUCCUUGCAUUGCAAUUGCCUAUUUAUCGGUUCUAAAGGACUGUGAGAUUCAUUGCUUUCAUGAAGGAUUGGAAGUCAAACGACUUGGUGGUCUCCAUGUCAUUGGGACAUCUUUGCAUGAGUCCCGAAGAAUUGAUAAUCAGCUUCGUGGCAGAGCAGGAAGGCAAGGAGAUCCUGGAUCAACACGCUUCAUGGUCAGGUAA